GAGUCGGUUGCUAGGCAACUGUAUAACCCCAAGCAAGCAUGGUGGAGAAUAAGCUAAGUGCAGGUUAGUAGAAGUUGGAUAACCAUCGAAGUUAGUCAGAAACCGUAUUUAGUAGUUCGGGUCAUUAAUAAGAGAUGUUGUUGGCGUGUCUCAAGCGUUAUGAUUAUCUUGAUGGUACUUUUCUAGCUCGUUGGUUGACAGAAGUUGACGUUAACGCUUAGGUGACUGUUCUUUGUCUUGUAUCUAUCAGAGGCUGUUCACAAGACGAUCAAAGCUGCUUUUGAGUCGUUUGAGUGUAAAGACAACAACACAGUGGAUGUCAGGUGAGCUUGAACUACACAUUUAGAUGGUUGGGGGUUUAAAUGCACAUAAACCAGAUGGCUAUAACGUGAAAAUGGAAAGAGGACACGAACCGUGCCUCUUUCAACCCAAAUUAAUGUUCUUGUUUGGUGUUAUUUGAAAAAAACGUGAUAAAAUGGGAUCUGGAAACUCAAUCCGAGGACGACAUGCCUUUUCUUGUAGUAGCAUAGAGCUCUAACAUGAUGGCAUGAUGUGAUGUUUAUUUUGCAGGGAUAUCAGCACCAUCAUCUAUUCACUGGGUUGCUUCCCCACUCAGGCGGACAUUCACAACUUUAUUGCUGAGGUAAAAAAAAAAAAAAAAACACACACAUUUUGUUCAAACAUGUUUGACAUAGACUGUAUACUAUUCUGUACAGAGUCUAUGAUGUUUGAUGAAUAAAUGAGUAAACCAGUCAAGUUGAUGAUCUAAGGCUUCCCAAAUUUGCAGUCAUAGAUUAAGACCUACACUUUUCAGACAACAGUCAUACAACCCACUGUACUUCAACAAGCCCAACUGAUAUCUGUGGACCAAACAGAUAACCAAGCAGAUGAUAGAAGUAUCUCUACAUUUCUUUUCUGUAUAAUGGUUAGAUGGUUCUAUGUUUACCUGGAGCUAAUGUUAUUAAACUAAGUGCGUUACCACACAAAAACACUACCUUAGUUUGAAAUACUGUCCUUACUGGGAUGAUAAUGAGAUUGUGGGAGUUACAUCUGAAAUAAGCCUGACUGGAGUACUCAGAAAGAUGCUCUUGACAUUCCAGCUGAUAUUGUGAGGAAACAUCCUGGUCAGGUCUGUCAAACAGAUUUUAGCAUGUCUUUUAGGAACUUCGACUAAAAGGUCCUUUCAUUUUUAAACAGGUGGAAGAGGACCAAACAGGAUUUGUCCAUAUUGACAAGUUCCUCCCAACCAUGACCACAGUGCUGUUAGAGAACAAGUAAGUUAUUGCUACUUCCUACAGCCUAUACUCUUGACUGAUGCAUGUUGUUCUUGUUGAAAAUGCUAUUUUUAGGGUGGGAUGAAGCCCAUAUCAUGAUGACAAUAGGUGCUGCUGUUUAAACACAUUUUCAUUUAUAUAACAGCUGCUCUCAGUAAGAUGUUAUUGAAAGAGAUGUCAGAGCGUUCCAGACUGCUUUUAUAUCCAAUGAAUGUAUUGAGGUGUAACAUAUGUGGUGUACCCCUAUAAUAUAAACAGGAAUCUGUCUUUUAGAUUUCUAUGAUUUUCUUUUCAAAUGCUUAAUGGGUUAGAAAGAUACUCAAGAAGUUCACAGUUGUGUCUCACCAUGAUAAUGUUCAGGCUUCACUGAAAGCAGUUACAAAACCUCUUUGAACAAUAGCCUUUAGUUAAAUCAGGCUUAGAAGGUCUUCGCUCAGAGAACAUUCACGUUUUUAAAUCAUAUUGUAGAGUCAUACUGUAUAAUAAUAGUGUGUUUGUUUGUGUGUGUUAGGUACCCCCCCAUCCCUGAGGAUCGAGUGCUUCAGGCCUUUGAGGUAAGAGUAGCAGCUAUUUCUUUGCUUCCUCUAUUUCAGUUGAUGUGAAGAGGUUAGAUGGAUGUUUGAAUCUUAAAAAUCAUAUUGCAGGUGAUUGAAAUGUCUUUCAGCUUAAAGGCAAAAAAAAACUCUGUUAACAGGUUCUGGACAGAGAAAAGAAAGGAUACCUGGAGUCUGAGGAACUGACCAAGUAUCUGACACAAGAAGGUGAGGGUACAGUUCCUACUUUGAGAGGUAAAGAAAAGGCAGUGUUUCUUCUUAACCACAUCUGUGUGUGCUUUUUUAUGGCUGCCUUUAAACCAGGUGAGGUCUUCAGUCCGAGUGAGAUGGAUGAGAUGCUGCUGGCAUUCGCUGACCCUGAGAAGAACCACAUCUAUUACCAAGACUUUAUCCACCAGUUGACCAUUGACCCUGACAAGUAGAUGGUGUCAAAGUGUAUAUUUGUGUGUCAACAUGUUGAGGAAUGUUGCACUAUGGAUUUUAUUGUUGGCUGCUCAUUCUGGUGCUGAGGCUCAAAUCUGACUGUGUUUGUGGAGCUGCCUUACACUCUGGUGUAAAUCCUAAACGUCUGGGAGGUUUGGGGAAUUGUAAAAUAUAUGAAUCAAAGACCAAAAUGUACUUCAAAUAUAAUACAUAACUCACUGUAUUAUUGAAGGUCAGUUAUGUGGUAUAACAGGCUUUAUAAGUUCAUGCAUCUAAAUACUGUGUUUACCCUCUUACGAUUUCAUAAUUUCUGUUUCACGCAGCAAGUCGGGGUGUUUGUGUGUGUGGGUUAAUUUCUUUUAAUCCUGACUUGAUUUUAUCAUUAAAUUAAAAACAAAAGCUCAAAUCCUCCUCAGGUUCAGAUGCAAUAUGAGCCUGUGAGCAAAAAGAUAAAGAAAUUUAAUAAGGCAGUUUUCUGCUGUCCCCACUAUAGGACCAAGGUUUAAAAUAGAAGCUGAGGCAAAAGGCUGGAUCUAAAAAUAGCACAGACCCACUCAGCGCUCUGCUGCAGCAGGCUGGAAUAACUGGAAUUUCAUAGUCUUAGUUUCCAAAGACGUUUUUCCUUUUUUUCAUGUGCAUUACAUAUGAAAAGAAAACAAAGCAGCUCUGGUUCAUGUGAUCUGUUCUGUUGGUAACUUUGAUGAUCUAUUUUAGAUUUCACUCUUCAUUGCUGGUUAAUCAAUUUAGUAAUUCCUUCAGUAAAGGUAGCUUUUUGUAUUAGUUCACAAAAACAUACCAAAUAAUCUAAAAGCUAUUCUGUGCAAGUGAAUCUGAAAUUUUGGGAGUACUUAGGUCUCUUAACAAUGGGUUGAAAAAAAAAAAGGCACAAAGCUGCAAUCUGUUGAGAUACAGAUACAGUCUGAGUCUAAAAUCUUCCUCUGGCUGUCCGAGAGAAACUACCAUAAUGAGACAGUUCUCUAAAGGGUCAAUGUAUGAAGUGACAUUAGCUGAAAUAUAAAAAUGAAAUGUGAACAUUCCCAAUAGUGAAUUAUGAUAUAGCAGUAAACAAGCAGUGAUUUGAAAUCCCCUUAGCAAGUCACAUCUGUCUUUGCUGAACCUAUUAAAGUUAGCAACAUUUAAUAAAAAAAAAACUGCUUUU